AUGGCUAGGUCAUCAACUGAAUCAAACCCUUGCUAUCAAUGCGAUUGUGGCAGAAUCACAGACUCUCACGAUGCUCAGUCUGGACGAACAACAUGCACUCUCUGUCGCGGAAACGGUCGGUCAGUCGAUGGACAAGCGGAGAACGUCAACGAAGUCGUCGUAUUUACAUCGGAAGGCGUGCCUGAGAACCAAGAUAUUUAUAUGGCAUUCAAGGACAGCCUUUUAUUGAAGAAAAGCGUCAAAACUGGGCAGAAAAAGAGUGAUUACGUCGUCAAUAAACGAUAUGACAGAGUAGGUGUCGAAAUGCUAAUCAAGAAGUAUGGCAUGGAUGGUUUAAAGGCCAGGGUCAAACAGCUGGCAAGCGAUGGAGUGUUUGCAAAUCCUUCUAUCGCACAGCGUAUGUUUCCUGACCUCGGAGGCGAUAUUCCUGCAGUCAAGGCUGUAGAUAAGACUGUAGCAGAAGAUAAGAUUCUUGGAGCGGUCAACCCAGAUGAGUUGAUCCUUGAGCCCUCCGGAGAUGCAGAGGCCCUUAUAGGAGAAGCUGUUCUGACGGAAGGUGCCCCAGCCAAUGCAGCAAAAUUUCCAGAAGGCGAUGGACAACCAGGUCUUGAGCGACGAGCCCAAGACGACCGACAAACGGCGCGCCUGUCAGUCAGUAGCCAGCACGAGCUUUUGGUUGAUCUACAGAAGUAUCUUGAGCGAGCUUGCUAUACCUAUGCGCGCGAGCACAUGCCUGAUGUUCUCGAGGAGCAAUGCUGGGGCUGCGCUGAGGCUGCACAGCUUAGUGAUUGGAUGAAACAAUUCCUCUGUCGACGAGAUAAUUUCGGUACGGUAGCCAAUGAUGAAGAACUCGAGAAAUUGUUCCAGCCAGGGUUCGAGAUUCGCAAUGCUGCUGUCCGUCGUUACGAUAUGGAAUCAGAUGAAAUGAUGGAGCUGCUAGUUGACGCGGAGAGGCUUCUGGGCGUCUUGCAGGUCGAAAAGUACCAGCACCUCGUCAGAAACUUAAGGCUUAAGGUUGAAAAGGCAGUCAACGAACUGAUCCGAGAAGAGUCUCAAUGGAAAGUCCGACUAGAGAAAAAGCUGGCAUAUAUUGCCGCUGAAGAAGCCAAACUGAACGAUGUGAAGAGGGCGAUUAUUGUUGAACAUGAGAACAGCGUGAAGGAAAGCCAGGAAGUGGCUGAGUCGGAAAUUCGAGAGGCUCUGGAUAAGACAAAGGUGACAUUUAAAACGGAGAUAGAGUUGGAUACUAAGCAUCGAUGGACACUGAUACAGCGGGCUUAUCCUUCCAAGGCGGAGACUGAUGUUUAG